AUGCGAAGUGAGGUAGGAGAAUGGCUGCCCACCUGCGUAGGUUCACCGAUAUGCAUCCUGCUGCUAUCGUGGUCCCUACUGAUCUAUCAGAACCAGCCUUCCUCCACGAAACGGAGGAUCGACGUGUUCACAGUGGCCAUUCUCUCCCAGAGUCUCGUGCACCAGCUUGGACUCCUUUUCUACGCGAUCCUCACGCUGAUCCGUCCGAGUAACCAUUUCGGAGAGUUCUGCUCGACCCUAGUUUGGAUACUGAACUCGUCCAGCAUCCUGCAGGAGUUGACGCUGGCCUCGAUCGCGAUCUUCACGGCGAUCAGCACCAGGGACUUACGUCUCACCAAGAGCCACCUGAAGUAUCACCUGGUCAGCCUCAGCGUGAUCAGUGCUUGCGUAGGUGUGACUGGAGUUCUCAAUUUCGAGCCAGAGCAUUGUGUCUUCCUGGCCCAGGAGAUCUCUCUGAAAUAUGGAAUCUUCGUCAACUCUCUGCGAUCUCUUCUGAUGCUGACCACCGUGAUCAGCUUGUUGAUCGCACUCGUCAGGAGUAUCUGUCGUCAACCAACGGCUGAACUGUUGAAAUCGGUGUCUGAUCUCUCGGAGACCAGCUCGAAGAACUCAUCCGGAGCGUUUGAAUGUCAUCCACAUCAUUGGGAUCCUUCCAGUGGAUCGUGCACCAGUGGAUCUACCAAUAGCAGGGCCUGCUUGAGGAAGAAAAAGGUCCAGGUAGACGAAUCUAGUGGAAUACCAACGAUCUACAGUAUCCUCUUCGUCUGCUACACCUUCCAGUACAUACCCAUUUUGGUGAUAUCGAUAAAGCCAGGUCUCCUCACCGACUUCUGCACCCCCCAAAACCUAGCCACCUGGUUGCCGCUGGUGAAGGACACCCUGCUACCAGUAUUCCUGGCGUUGUUCGAUAAAAUGUUCUGUCGCUACGUGGCCAAGGUUUACACGAAGCAGGAUCACGCGAGAAGAUUGUCUCAUGGCGGCAUAGACGGCAAGUUUCGUCACUUCGAGCAGGACGCCGAGUACAAGCUCCAGCUGAACCUGAAUCACGGCCUCAAGUUCCCCUUGACUAACGGAAGCCUCUACGGACGAUUGCACAAUCAUCAGAACAGAGGAAAGACCGGUACGAUAACAAUGGGCAUUCAACACUAUCCCAGAGCCCAUUCGCUCAACGAGGACAGUAAUUACGCUUCCCUUCCAGCGGAGCUUUCUUCCUUCACGAGCUCGACGUUCGAGCCCCGCAAGGAGUCGAAUCCUGUCGAGCCACCGAAGAAAAGCACCAUCGAACAACAAAACAAACGUCCAAGACCAAACGAAAGCUUCCGUGAGUUGACCGGUAAUCGCAGGAAGAUCGGUAGCACGGACGUAUUCGGGCAGAAUAUGGAGAAUCUGGUCCAAUUGGAGGAUCCAUGCGUGAAACGGAAGUUCGCCAAGAGUCUGGACGAGAUACGGGAGGAACCACCGAGGAGACACGCGAGGAGCGUACUUGGAUUGGAGAACUUGAUCACAGGAUUGGAUAACAAUCUUCAGCUACAGCCACGGUACCCUAGAGUCGCUCUCAGGAGGAACCAGAGCUUCGAUCAUGCUAGAUGCCAAUCGUACCAUCGACCAAUCCUCGACUCGAGGACGUACGACUUGAAGAAGCUGGAUCAAAGGAAGGAGCAACCGAACGUCCAGAGGCAGGAGGUCCAGAGCGAGGGGGACGGUUACGAGACCUCUGACGACGAGAGCUGCGACCUCGAGAACGGGGACUUCGACACGAUGAGCUCCUGCAGGAGCCGGAGCAGAAGCUGUUGCUCCGUCACCACCGUGGCGAACGAUGAUUUCGAAUUUUUCCAACGUAAGGGAACCAAGGUGGAGCUGUUGCCCUCGAAGCGAGCCGGCGAGGUAAAGGUCAACAUGCGAUCUUUCACGCCGCGGAUCAUCGAGAACGGGCCGGAGGACAACGAGAGGCGAUGCAAGCUGUCGGACACGAAGCCAAGCAUACAAUCGUAUCGGUUGAAACGGAAACGGAUGAGCCCUGGCUACUCGAUGAACGACCUGGACAAGCUGACCGCGGACAGGCGGCUUCCAGAUCUGUCGAUCGAGAGCCUGAAGAGCAUCCUGACGAACUCGGAUGUCAGCUACCUGGAUAACGGGGACAUAUGCAGGCACGACAUCGGCGGUUCAGCGCCUGAUUUCAAGAAGAUCUUCGUCACGGAAUUUAUAUGAGAUCCGAAGGACUGAACACAUACUUGUCAAGAGGAAAAAGAAAGUUAGAAGAGAAGGUGGACUAAUGGAUCUUGCGUGACAGGGAUCAUUAAAUGGCU